UGUUCAUAACUGACUUGCCUUCAAAUAAAAAAUAAUGAAUUGCUCCCUUUAGGAAAACACGUCGGAUAUGAUAUUCGGAAUCCACACACAAUCCCGGGUGUAUUUGCAUGUCGUAGACCAAAUAGGCAUGUUUAUAUGGGGUAAGCAAAUGUUCCUAUGAUCCGAGGGAAGUAGGAAGUAGUUUUAGGGAAGUACCUAACAAAACGAACUGCAUCAUGUCCAUAAACAAACUAUUCUGCCAGCAGCACAAACGAUGAGGUCACUUUGUGUGAUCAGCACAUCCUGAUCAAAGGUCUGCCAUGAAUUCCCCCGAGGAGAGGCACAUUGUAGGACCCCUUGUACACAGUUCAUUUGAAAUGCAAAUCUAACUCAACGGGUGUUGUCAUCAUCAACUAACAUAGUUAAUUCUCCUCCAGUGCUACCAACAGUAUUUUUUUCCAGAAGUCACAGAAUUUUCAGAGCGGAUCAGAGAAUCCCACUUGUGAUUGGUAGAUUAUUUUUGUCUUCUAACGUUGCUUUAUUAAACUUGGAAUAUACUCCAUGAGUUAAUGCUCAAGAGGAGAAAAUGAAGCACCUCUCGACAUAUGGGGCGGCAGGGUAGCCUAGUGGUUAGAGCGUUGGACUAGUAACCGGAAGGUUUCAAGUUCAAACCCCUGAGCUGACAAGAUACAGAUCUGUCGUUCUGCCCCUGAACAGGCAGUUAUAACCCACUGUUCCUAGGCCGUCAUUGAAAAUAAGAAUUUGUUCUUAACUGACAUGCCUAGUUAAAUAAAGGUCAAAUAAAAAUAUGCUAAGUGUAACUGCCACUACUGGUAAUAAUCCCUGGUUUUCAGUGAUCACAACUCUAACCCAAUCAACCACACACGCUUAUAGCACAUAAAGUAAGCAUUUUGUCUUUAUGACAGACUUUUAAGUCACAGGCAAAAUUUUGUUGCUCUCGGAAGAAAAACCUCAAUUUGUCAGUUAAGUUUUUGUUACAUUGAAUGUUUUUGGUAACUAUCCACAACUCUAGGGUCUCAAUGUUAAAAUAGGGACCUUUCUUUUCCAUUUCCUGGUUUCAGUUUUGGUGGUUUUCUUCCGACAGCAAGGAGGAUGCAAGCUGGGUUGCACCUUUGCACUACUAGCAAAACUUAAUUAUGUACCAACAGUGAAUUACAGGCAUAAAGUAAAUAAGGCUACAAAGCACCAAGACUUUAUUUUACACAGCCCCCUAUCAGCGAAGAUCAGCUUCAACUGUCUAAGAAGUUGUAUUUCUGUUAAGCUUGAAAUUAAUGUUCAAUUGCACUACAAGUGUUGCACUACACUGUGCCAAAAUGAGUCUCUCUGGGGAGUAUGAAGAGGGAAGCACUCCCUCUAGUAUCUGUGAAGAUACUGAAGAAGAAGCCACUGCUUCUGGAAUGGGUUUCUCGGGGACUGAGGGAGCGAUGUCCCCUAAACUAAGUUUUCCUGCCGAACAGGACACUGACAGGGAGCUUAAGAGGUUCAUGACAGACCGACCAGUCUCACCUGCACCAAGCUGUGUCUCCAUGAAGAGUGACCAGUCGAUGGGAAUUCCUAUUUUCUUCAAGGAGGGAGAAUUAUUCACUAGGCAAAGCAGUAUCUCUGAGGAGAUUGACCAGUCAAUGGAUCACCAACCCAGAGUCCCUACUGAUGACAAAGUGUACCCAACAGAAGUCCAGGAGAAAAUUAAACCCUACUUGAAGAAUAGGAUAUAUUCUUUAUUUGAGGGCAUUGAAGAUCAAGGAAAAAUGACACCUCUUAACGACAUCUACACAGAGCUCUACAUCACACAAGGUGGAAUUGGAGAGGUCAAUAAUCAGAAUGAGGUGAGACAGAUUGAGACAGCAUGCAGUUGUCAAGUAGAACACGAGACAUCAAUCCAACUCAAUGACAUCUUCAAACCCUUACCUGGACAAGACAAGCUUAUCAGAACAGUGCUGACAAAGGGAGUUGCUGGCAUUGGAAAAACAGUGUCUGUGCUGAAGUUCAUGUUGGACUGGGCUGAAGGAAAAGCAAAUCAAGACAUCCAGAUCAUCUUUCCACUUCCUUUUCGGGAUCUGAACUUGAUGAGAGAUACAAAUCUAAGUCUGAUAGAACUACUUCAUCACUCCUUUAUAGAAACAAAGGUAUCAGAAAUCUCAGAAAACAAAAAUAUUGUGUUUGUUUUUGAUGGUGUGGAUGAAUGUGGCCUUCCUCUGGACUUCCAGAAUAAUAAGAUCUGCUGUGAUGUCACAGAGUCAACUUCAGUGGAUGUUCUUCUGACAAACCUCAUCAAAGGGAAUCUGCUUCCCUCUGCUCACAUUUGGAUAACAUCCCGACCUGCAGCAGCCAAUCAGAUCCCUCCUGAGUGUGUUGACCAGGUGACAGAGGUACGAGGAUUCAAUGACCCACAGAAGGAGGAGUACUUCAGGAAGAGAAUCGGUGAGGAGGACCUGGCCAGCAGAAUCAUCUCACACAUAAAGACGUCAAGGAGCCUCCACAUCAUGUGCUACAUUCCAGUGUUCUGUAGGAUUUCAGCCACUGUCCUAGAGAGACUAUUGGUUGAAGCAGAGAGUCGAGAGAUCCCCAAGAAUCUGACUCAAAUGUACGCUCACCUCAUGAUCUUCCUGUCAAAACUGAGGACUCAGAAAUAUCCUGUAGAGCAUGCCAACGAUUCUCACUGGGAUAAAGAGAUGAUUCAGGCACUGGGAAAAUUGGCUUUUCAACAGCUAGAAAAAGGCCAUCUGAUAUUCUAUGAGGAAGACCUGAGAGAGUGUGGCAUUGACAUCAAGGAUGCGUCUGUGUACUCUGGAGUGUGCACUCAGAUCUUCAGGGAAGAGUCUGGGCUUAACCAGAUGAAGGUGUACUGCUUUGUACAUCUGAGUAUCCAGGAGUUUCUGGCUGCACUAUAUGUGUUCCUCAUGUUCACUAACGACAACAACAAUCUGAUGGCUAAAGAGAAAUCCCUCUGCAACAAAAACAGUCUAUAUGAAGAUGCAGUGGACAAGGCCUUGCAGUUUGAAAAUGGCCAUCUGGACCUUUUCCUCCGCUUCCUUCUAGGCCUUUCACUGCAGUCCAAUCAGCAUCUCCUACAAGGCCUUCUGACACCAACAGGAAACAGCUCACAGAACAACAAGGAAACAGUCAAGUACAUCAAGGAGAAGAUCAGGAAGAACCUCCCCCUGGAGAGGUGUAUCAAUCUGUUCCACUGUCUGAAUGAACUGAAUGAUCAUUCUCUAGUGGAAGAGAUCCAAAGCUACCUGAGAUCAGGAAGUCUCUCAAAAUCUCAACUCUCAUCUGGACAGUGGUCAGCUCUGGUCUUCAUGUUGCUGACCUCCGAGAAGCUGGAUGUGUUUGACCUGAAGAAAUACAUCAGAUCAGAUGCGGCUCUUCUCAAACUUCUCCCAGUUGUCAGAUCCUCUAGAACAGUCCUGCUGAACGAAUGUAAACUCACCAAGAAAAGCUGUGAGGCACUGGCUUCUGUUCUCAAAUCCAAUUCAUGCUGUCUGAGAGUGCUGGACAUGGGUGGCAAUAAACUCCAGGAUUCAGGAGUGAAGCUGCUCUCUGCUGGACUGGAGGAUCCACACUGUAAACUGGAGACAUUGAAGCUGUCAGGCUGCAGCAUCACAGAGGAAGGCUGUGCUUCUCUUGCUUCAGCUCUGAGGUCAAACCCCUCCCACCUGAAGGAGCUGGACCUGAGUGGAAAUACUCUAGGAGUCUCUGGAGUAAAGCUGCUCUCUUCUGUACAAGAGGAUCCCCUCUAUUCACUGGAGAGACUGCGGUUAAAUGAUUGACAGCUCACAGAUUCAGUGAAGGAAUGGCCUCAGCUCCAAGUCCUUGGUUGUGGGAGUGUGCUGCAGUUAUAUGCUUCUGGGACAUUUACAAAAUUAAUUUCAAAGUGCGUGAAUGUAAAUAUUUAAUGCUUCGAAUCAACAAUGAUAACAGCUCCUUUUUAAUCGCUCAAUCAAUCAGAGAGCCCUGGUGAAGUGGUGCCAGGAAAAUACCUCUCCCUCAACAAAUGCAUCACUGGGGACACACUGCCUGCCCUCCAGGACAACUACAGCACCCAGUGUCACAGGUUCUCAACAACCUUAUUGUCUUCCUAGUAACUCUAUUGUACAUCUUACGAGACUGAUAGCUUUAUUUCAGUGUAUUUGAUGUCUGGAUUGUCAUGUGUGUUGUUCUUAUUGCUUGGAUUUUUAUUGUAGCAUCUUGGGUUUUUGAAAAGCAUGUUACAAAUAUAUAUAUAUUUUAUUAUAGUAAUGUAGAAUUAUUCAAAUUGUAUGUAACCCUGUUUUAAUCUUUGAUAUACUGUAUAUUCAAAAUGAAUAAUACAAAUGAAUAAUAGUCCAAUUAAUUUAAUAUAACUAGUAUUUAAUUUUAACAGUAAAAUGAAUAAUAGUAGUUAGUUAUUCCUAUUGCCGUGUAUGACUUGGGGCGCUAUUCAAUCUGUAUAACCGAAGCGGUACAGAUUGCACUAUAGAAAUGUAAAGUUAAUUUCCAACUGAGCCGACAUAUUCAGCAUUUACCCCCCCAAAAUAAUAUUUGAAUAGUUUAUGUCCUUACAAGUAACUCUGCUGUAGGUAUUACCUAUCUUUUUAUUUCAGUGUAUUAUAGGCCUCUGUAGUUUUUCUACUAUUGAAUACUAAUUGCUUGGAUGUAUUUUUAUUGUAGCACCUUGGGGUUUAAAACAAGUAGCAUUUCUUACGUUCUAUGUGACCCUGUGUGUUAAUCUAUGGUAACCUGUAUUUCAUGUUCCUUAAAUAUAUGAAGUAAAACUGUCCUAUUGCCGUGUGA